AUGUUCACCUGGAAUACGAAAUGGACAUUAAGACCUGUGGUGGUAGGUAACACCACUAAAUUCCUAGGAGUGACCCUUGACAGCAAGCUCAACUUCAACGAACAUAUCACCAAUAUCACCAAAAAAGCUACGGCAUCCCUUAUGCAAUGUAGAAGAACUGUCGGCCCCACAUGGGGUAUGAACCCCAAAACAUGCAAAUGGAUGUACACCGCUGUUAUCAGACCUAUUCUGUCCAACUGCGGUAGCAUAUGGAUCAGGGCAACCCAAACAGACACCAAUGCGAGGAAGUUCAAACGAGUGCAGGCACUGGCACUGAGAAUGAUGUCUGGUGCAAUGACAAGUACUCCCUUCAUCGCAUUGAACCACCUCACUAACACUUCAGAUAUCAUACUUUUCCUGAUAGGCGAAGCAGCAAAGGGUGCAGCCAGGCUUCAAGCAUACGGUAGCCUAACCCUAGAAACUAUCACCUUCAGAAAAGGUACCAUCAAAACUCACACCACUAUCAACAAACAAUUCAUGGUAGAUCUCAACAUACCAUCCAAAGCAGAGAGAGACCUAUCAAUACCAACCAUGAUGCUUGAACGGCAUUUCACAGUCACCACUCCUGGAGCUGACAACAUUGAAUAUAGAGAUUCACUUCUAAACACCAUCGACAACAUCUCCAGUGAGACGAUCACCUGUUACACAGACGGGUCACGCACAGACUCAGGAAGCGGGGCUAGCUUGUCAUACGUUGUGUGCGCGGCUCCCCCUGUAUCGUCGAAACUCUACAGUGAAGCGUGGGGGUCACCACGUGAUACAAGGGCUAGCUAUAUCAUCACCACUGACAAUAAUGACUCCACUCAAUUGAAAAGAUCAUUCAAGCUUCCUGAUUAUUGCACUGUUUAUCAAACAGAACUAACAGCCAUCAUCGAAGCUUGCAAAUAUCUCUCAACUUAUACCAACACACAUAUCAUCAUAUGGUUUGACAGUCUCUCCCCUAUACAAGCUAUCUCAUCGCUUUGA